CGAGAGAUCGGUCGCGGGGUGUAAGAGACGAGGAGGUCUUCGUAUACUCGGCGCUCCGGAUUCACGUUCACCAGUCGCGCGCGUGGUGCCGAUCACGCUUGAUCACAAACCGAUCGCUCGAUCACAGACCGGAUUUCCGAAACUGACCGGACCGUUCACAGAUAAGCCAGGAACAUAACAGGAAAAGUAAACGACGCGAUUGACGUCGAACUUUCGUCUUCAGACAAGAGAAAGGAGUAGCCAUCAGCCGGCAUGAGAACGUGCGUGAUCCUGUGCACGAUCGCGUUGGCGAUCGAUCUGGCGAACAGUCUGGCGAGCGACAAGAUCGAUAUACCUAUCCCAUGCGCAAACACGUCAGAUUGUAGUAGCAUGUCGGAGCUUCCGAGGGAUGCUUUUUGUAAAGACGGAUAUUGCAUGUGUCCAACCGAAGACAUUGGCGUCCGGAGACCUUGCUCAGGCCUCGAUACAUUUACACACCAGAAUAGAAUUCCAGGUCCGCUGGUUUAUCGAACGUGCAAACACGAUCAAGAGUGCAAUUUCCAGGGUGCAAUAUGCAACUAUACUAUUAAUCAAUGCGUUUGCUCAAAGAGCUACGUGCCAGCGAGCAACAAACAACGUUGCGUCGAAAAAGUCAAUUCGAUAAACGCUUCUUGCGAAGAUAUAAAUCAGUGUUUAACGUUCCUGCAGAAUACAGUUUGUGAAAAUGGUAAAUGCGUUUGCGCGCCUGAUUAUCAUUACAUAAACAAUAAGUGUUGGAAAAUAAUCGGGUAUGGUGAAUCGUGCAAGAAGAACGAGGAGUGCUCGAGGGAUAUCGACGGCAUUAUCUGCACGGAGAACCAGACGUGUGAAUGCGCGGCCGAAACAGUGCUGAAUACGGAAGGCACAAAAUGUUUGCCGGUCGCCAGAAAGAUGAAGGAUGAAUGCAUAGAGACGGUACAGUGCACAACGACGUUUGAGCACUCGACCUGCCUUGACAAGAUAUGCCAAUGCGAGCCGGAUUUUCAUUACGAGCACGAGCUAAUGAAGUGCUUCCCCAAUAAAGCGAUCAACGAGGCAUGCGCGAACAAUUACGAGUGUUACCAGGCCGAAGACUACGAGAACGAUUCGUCGAACAAGUCUGUGGUGUGCGAUCUCAACAGAUGCACGUGCGCCAGCGAUUACGUCUUGCAAGACAACAAAUGCGUGAGCGGCGGUUCAUUCCUGGUAGCGUCCCUGUCGAUAAUCGCUUCUGCGAUAGCGCUGCUUGUACUUUCGUGAAGCACAAAAUAGCAACUGGAUGUCGUUGAAAGUUAAUGGAGUUUGAUAAUCGUAAUGCCGUGCGUUCACAAGAAAAGCCUAAUCUCGAGGAGGAAGAAACGCAAAUAAGAGCGCCGUGACUCGAGAAGGAAAGUCAUUCUCGAAUUAUUUACUUGUGGGUUGUAAUUAUUCAUAUUAUCGUAAGGCUCUUAAGGAAAGUCUCGCAAAUUUCUCACAAGUAUUAAAAAUAUUUCGUUAAUGCGUACUUGUCUUGAGCAAACGGUGCCUCGAGAUACAUGCAAUUUCAAAUGAGUUGCUUGUACAAAUGUGUGCGUGCACGUGUAUUCGUGAGAAUGUCAUGAUGGUAAUGAAUGAGUGAGUGAGUGAGUGUGUGAGAGAGAGAAAUGAGAUGUUUAAGUCCUGAUAAGAGAUUACAACUUAAUUGCGUAUACAGAUCUAAGUAAUCGUACCUGCAGUCAAUCCGUGAUAUAUUCAAAAUACAGUACGGUAAUAUAUUUAAACGGUACAUUCAAAAUUAUGGAUAAUUGUGAUAUUUCUUCAGGGCACAGCGUAAAAAGUCGACAGUAUUCAUCACUUUUAUUUUCGUCGUUAAUCACCAAGGCUGUAAUACAUUGUACGUUGCGUAAAACCGGACGCAUGGAAAAAAAAACAGCGCGGAAAUGAAACAAUAUCAACGCCAUUGUAAUUGCGCAGCAAAAUACUCGCGGCGAAGGCAACGGCUUGAACUAGGUGCACCGAUAUGUUCAAAGCCUUCCACUCGCGUGCAUUUAAUUAACGAGGUUAUUAAUAUGCGGAUGCUGAUGUAUUCUGUAGCGCUACUGCUCCUUAGAGCGAACUGCAAACUGGAUGGAAUUCACGAGCGCGAAAGAAAACUUAAGUUGUUUGAAAUCUUUAUAUUUUCUCAUAUUUUUCCUUUCGGAUCAGAUCACAGUAUAUGCACAAUGUUUAAAUAACUUUUUAUUAUUAUUAUGCAAUUGUUUAAUGAAAAAUAGUAGAAAAAUGAAGUUAACAAUAAUAGCAUUUCUUUCUUUUCAAUAUAUAUUUAUUACUUCGAUGUAUAAAUUUAUAUAUAUGGUUUUAAAAAGCAAAAUGUCAAAUUUUCACAGAAUGUUUGUAUAUACACAUUGUAUAAAUUUUAUAUUCAUGUAUACAAAUAAUAUAAAUAGCUUUGAAAUUCUGAUACUUUUUCAGAAUCAAGCGAAUUAAUAUAAACUUUAGUAUUCUUUUGCACUUAUCCAGUCGAUAUUGAAAUUAUUAUCGCAUUAUUUUAAUUAAAACUUUG